GAUAACAAUAAACAAAUUUUGUGUUGGAAAGAUUUUUCAUGUUUUCUGAAAAAAGAUGAAAAUUAUCGACAUUUCAUUCGUUUUAAUCAAUUUCCAGCAUAAUUUUUAGCAUGGUAAAUUAAUUCCUCAGAAGAUCUUCACCAUGGCAGCUUCUACCUGCUUACCUUUAUUGAUUGUUUUUGAUUUAGAUUACACGUUAUGGCCUUUUUGGGUUGAUACUCAUGUUCAGCCACCGUUCAGGAAACAAGGCGAUAAAAUCGUAGAUGCUCAUGGUGACGUUAUAAAACAUUACAAAGACUCUCCAGCUAUCUUGAAGAGACUCCACGAUCAAGGUAUUAAAAUUGGCGUUGCUUCUAGAACUUCAGCAAUCACUCCUGCCAAACAAUUGGUCGAUUUAUUUGGCUGGAAAAAGUACAUAUCAUAUACUCAGAUCUAUCCUGGAUCGAAAAUACCACAUUUCAAGGCAAUACAAAAAGAAUCAGGAAUCGACUACUCUCAAAUGAUCUUUUUCGAUGAUGAACAUAGAAACAUCAGAGACAUUUCAACCUUGGGAGUUUUCUGCGUCGAUGUCCCCAAUGGUAUGAGCAUGAAACUUUUAGAAGACUCUUUGAAACAAUUUGAACAACGCUGCAAAGAAUUAUAAAACCAAUUUUCCCUCCAUCGUGGAAUGAGUUUAUUAUACACACUUGAAACAUGUGUAAUUGACUGCAUUUGUACAAAUAUUCUAAAAAAUACUUCAUUACGUUUUAUUGAUUUUUUUUUUAUAAUUUACAUAGCAUCAAAUUUAUCUUCGGCUUAUCAAUUACAUUAUAAAAAUACAUUAUUAUUUAUAUGUGCAUAUAAAACGUCUCUUUCAACUUGCUAACUACAUGUAUAAAAGAACGUAGAAAACUUAUAAAACGAAAAAUUUAUUCAACAAUGGAAACACAGUGAAAGUUUUGAAGUAUUUUUAGAUUUUUUUCAGAUAUGAUAGAGAACAAUAUAAAGUCCGACUCUUAUCGAGUUUCUUUCAAAGAAAUAUUUUUAAUGAAAAUUUAUCGAGACGAAUAAGACCGAUGUUACCUACUUUUUAAUUUAAUAUGAGUAAUAUAUUUAAGGAUAUCGUUUGUUUGUGUUGUAAAUUUUGCAUGGACAUUGGACGGAAGGAGGUAUUUAUUUUACCAAAAUAAAUAUCUUCGAUACA